AUGGUUUGUUGCUGUAACAAUUCCUGCUGCGAAAUUCCUGCGAAGCUUGCGGUUUUGCAUAAAAGUCUCUUUUUAGGAAAAUGUAAGAUAUUCAUACAUACAACAUAUCUAUCGGCUUUGCCGUCAAAUGCUAAUAAAACAAUUAUUUCUAAAAUAAUAUUUCCUAAAGUAAAUUAUAAUAAAAAAUACCUUUCAGAGAACCUUCUCGAAAGGGAUAGUGUGUCUGAUACCUCUGAAUCAGAAUCAAUAACAAUUAUUUCUGCACCCGAGAAUGAAAAACCGUUCUUUCGCGCCCUUUUACGUUGGAGUCUCAAGGACCUACGAGGGGCUGGUAUAGAGUCUUGUUCAAAUCAUCGGCGACAAGGUUGUGCGGGGUUCUCGAAUUUAUGGCUAUGGGUAUUUGAUUGUCCAAUCACGGAAAAAAUGGAAGACACAGGCGACUCAUCUCAGAGUAAAGAGUUAGAUGCACUCAAAAAAUGA